GGCAUUCGUAGGCCAUGGAAAGGUGUUCUUAUGUUUGGUCCACCAGGCACGGGAAAGACACUUUUGGCUAAGGCAGUUGCUACUGAGUGUGGAACAACAUUUUUUAAUGUCUCUUCAGCUACUUUGGCUUCAAAAUGGCGUGGGGAAAGUGAGCGAAUGGUUCGGUGCCUGUUUGAUCUUGCUAGAGCUUAUGCUCCUAGUACCAUAUUCAUUGAUGAGAUUGAUUCUCUUUGCAAUGCUCGGGGAGCUUCGGGAGAGCAUGAGUCAUCCAGAAGAGUGAAAUCUGAACUUCUAGUUCAGGUAGAUGGAGUAAACAACAGCUCGAGUAGUGAAGAUGGUGGAAGGAAAAUUGUGAUGGUUCUUGCAGCAACCAAUUUUCCUUGGGAUAUUGAUGAGGCGCUGAGGAGACGUCUGGAAAAACGUAUAUACAUACCUCUUCCCAAUUUUCAGAGUCGCAAAGAACUUAUCAAAAUUAACUUAAGGACUGUCGAGGUAUAA